AAAAGUGUUUUAAAUGCUUAAAACAUGCAUUUUGUUGUGAAAAAAGUGCACCUAAAGCGUAUUCUUCACGAGUGAUAGAUGGUGGCAUGUGGAAAGUGUGUUCUCUAGCAGAAGCGAUCGAAUUUUCCACGGGUGGAAAUUGAAUUGAAAUUUUCAUUCAGUUCGGAGAUCUGCAGCAAAGGGGGAACGACCCAUCGUUUCAGUGGUGUUGGUAGAAGUGCUGAAGAGUGUUCUUAGACAGCUUAGCGGCAUAGUGGCGACAUAAAGUGUAGAAAACCUACACAUGUGCGUUUAGGUGUGUGCUGUUUGUGAUCAUAAAAAUUAAGAAAGCAGUUAGAAAAAAAAGAACAGUGACGCACCCAUUGCAUAGCAGGGGUGUCGGAAGAUCUGCGGGGAAGUUCUUUUUGUUUUAUGGCCACCGAACAGUAAUAAAAAAUCUUCCUCAGUGUGUGCUGAUAAGAAAUCCCAACGAGAGGGAGUGUGCGUGCGACGUAAGCGAAGAAAGUUGACCGCAGAACGGUUCUGAUUGACGUUCAGAAGGAGAAUUAUGUUAACAGUCGUCUACAUUGCGGCAGUGGUAUUUUGUUUACAAAGCUCGGCAUCACUGGGGGAAACGACCAAUGUGCUGGAUAUAGCGAAUAAUGGGUUGAUCCAACCUACGGUGGAAAAAUUCAAUCGGCGAAAAAAGACUGAAAAGCUGCCGUACCGCGAUGAAGAGGAAAAAAUUGAGCUUGGCGUAUGCCAGGUGUACGUCGGAACCACUUGCGAUGAGUUUCUUCGGAAUCAAACAGUAUUCAUCACACCGGACAUUACGAUGGAUGUCUUGGAAGAACGACUCAAGGCAGCCUACGGUGUCAUCAAGGAAUCGAAGGACAUGAACGCCAACUGCCGGGUAUACGCUCUUCCCAGUCUAUGCUACAGUAUUUUACCCGUAUGUCGAACCCCGGAAAAGACCAAUCACCAGUAUUUUGCCAAUAAAGCGGCGGCUGAAGCAGUCAGACGCGGCAAUGGAUACAACCGAUCAAGGUUUAAAUCCCAUGAGAAGAAGAACAAUCGUAAAACAGCAAUAAAAAUGACUACCACGCCCUCUACGGUGAUGACAACUACGGAAAGACUGAAAGUGUACUUUAGCGGUGGAGUAACCCCAGCCUUUAACAUCAAUGAUUUCCAUGGAGAAAUUGUUACGGAAAACACAUUGGAUGGUACACGGAAAAGAAGAUCAAGCGAUUUUGAAGCAGACAAAAGUCGUCGUUUCCUGCAGCAAAAUACCUACAUAAGCGAUGAUGGCUAUUACUCAUCUUACUCGGCUAAUGCCAACAGUAAGAAAAACUAUCCUCCAACGAGAAACACCGAAAACUUAAGACGUAUCUGCAGGAAUGAUUGCGAGUUAUUGGAAAAUGAGCUGUGUCAAACGGAAUACGCGAUAGCAAAGCGGCAUCCCACAAUUGGACAAAAACUUCCGCUGGAAGAAUGUGACGAUCUGCCACUGCAAGACUCAGUUGAUGGAACAAUACUGAAUGGAAUCGGAGGGCUCGGAAGUUCUGGGGACAUGGAAUGUAUGCGGUUGGGUAUCAAAAUGGAUAUCAUCCCAGAUGACGAUUGCUACUGGGAAUCCGGUAUCACUUACAGAGGAAUUUUGGCAAAAUCCAAUACUGGCAAACCUUGCAUGCGGUGGUCGAAACUAAUGAGAGAGAUUUCCAAUUACCCAGAACUGGCUGGCCACAACUAUUGCAGGAACCCGGGAGGUGAACAAGCUUCACCGUGGUGUUACGUAGAUCUUAAGAAAACCAUAGAGUUUUGUGAAAUCCAAAGGUGCUCGGAACGAAUGUGGUUGUAUUUGAUCGUUAGUUUUGUAGCAUUUUGUGCCACCAUUAUCGUAAUUAUCACAAUCCUCUGCUGUAAAAAGUACAGGAAACAUGGCGUCUCAAACAUUCAAAAUAUUAACCUACCGAACGCAGACAAGAAUAUAUACGGAAAUUCACGUCACAAUUCACCAAUCGAAAUGACAUCUCUUAUCGCAAACCAAAACACAACUGGUGCUAUCAAUAGAAACUCGGAGAAUGGAGGAAUCCAAGGAUUGACCAGCGGUCAAAAUGGAAACCAGGGUCAAUCGUCACAGUCUCGCAAUAACGGCAUAGCUCGCGUCCCCCAAUACACACUGCAGGAUGUACGUUUUGUAGAAGAACUAGGAGAGGGUGCCUUCGGUAAGGUCUACAAAGGGGAACUUACGCAAAAAGAUGGCGACAAAAUUUUCGUCGCUGUCAAAGCUUUAAAAGAAAACGCUAGUGCGAAAACUCAAGCUGAUUUUAAACGAGAAAUUGAACUGAUUUCUGACCUCAAACAUGACAACAUUGUUUGUAUACUGGGAGUUGUUCUGAAGGAAGAGCCUCUUUGCAUGUUGUUUGAAUAUAUGGCACAAGGCGAUUUGCAUGAAUUCCUUAUCGCAAACUCUCCGAACGAAGGAAAGCAACUGACACAGUUGCAGUUUUUGCUAAUUGCUCAGCAGAUUUGCGAUGGUAUGGAAUAUCUGGCUAGCCAUCAUUAUGUUCAUAGGGAUUUGGCCGCAAGAAACUGCUUAGUUGGAGAACAUCUAACUGUAAAAAUCUCCGAUUUUGGAUUGUCGCGUGAUAUAUACAGUUCUGAUUAUUAUCGGGUUCAAUCUAAAUCACUGCUCCCCGUUCGUUGGAUGCCAUCGGAAUCGAUCCUGUAUGGUAAAUUUACAACUGAGAGUGACGUUUGGUCCUACGGAGUAGUUUUGUGGGAAAUCUACAGCUACGGUCUGCAACCGUACUACGGAUACAGCAAUCAGGAAGUUAUUAAUAUGGUCCGAGCCAGGCAGUUGCUGCCGUGUCCAGAGGCUUGCCCAAGUGCAGUUUAUUCGCUAAUGGUUGAAUGUUGGCACGAGCAAGCUGUUCGCCGUCCAACAUUCCCGGAAAUUGGCCAUCGCCUCAAGAUUUGGUAUCAAGCUCAAAAGCGAAAUGAACAAAACGAACAAGGUUUUAAUCGAAAAGGAUCCGUCUUAAGUGUCAACAAUCAACGAAUGUCCUCGCAAGGAAAUCUAAAUGCAGUAACUCCCUCAUCAUCGUCCAGCCACCAUUCGCUCAAUCGAAACAUUUCGGCAGAUCCCCGAGAUCAGCUGCAGCAACAGCAGCUACCGUACCCAAGCCAUCAACCUCGCAAGCAUCAUCACUCGCUGGAAAGGGAGAAAAUGCUCCGCACGAGCCAGCAGCAUACCCAUCAACAACAACAGCAGCAGCAACAACAACCUCACCAUCAUCACUCCCGAUCCCAUCAUCAACAUCAUAACUCAUUGGAUCGCUCCAAUAGCGGAAAGCUUGAAGAGGGUGAACAGUUCGAAACACAAAGCAACCGUAGUUUUUACCAUAAUGCCGGAACUAGUCGUAGCAGUAAAAGCAUACACUCUAUGCAGGAGAACCCUCCAUCGCAAUCACAUCUGCACCAGCAUCAAUCAAGCGUCCAAUCAUACAAGAACUUCAGUUUGCCUCGCAAAAGCAUCGACAGCAGCCUGGAAUUCGGAGAUGGCGAUACAACGGCUGCCAGCAGUCCUGGAGCGGGCUACUCCAAUCGAGAAUCUAAGCGUCCUCCCAAAGACCCGCAUCGCCACCAUCAUCAUCACCACCAUCACGGCUCCGGACGAAGUCGGCGGAUGGAACAAUCAACCGGAACCAUUUCAGUUUCGUCUCUUACCAGUGAGGCUGAUCUAAAUCAGCAGAAUCAAAUAAUACCAAAGAAUAGCACUCAAUCACUGGCACAACCAUUGAUGAGUCGCAAGCCGAGCAACAGCGGAAGCAUCCUUAGCGUCGCCAGUGAAACUAACAGUUCCUUUGGUAACGCCAACUAUAGCAGCAGCCAGAACAACGGUAAUAGUCCGGCAGUGACAGCAACGACGCCAUGUGGCGACAGUUCUGGGCUUCCCCUGAUGCAAAGCUCGUAUCACGAAUGAUAAUCCUAGAAGGGUGUCUCUUGUUUUAAUAUUUAUUUAACACAAUACAUGCAUUUAUCAUAAAUACGAUAAGUUAGGAAGUGGAAAUCAUGAGCGUGGAAGGAUUUUAGAUAAGCGAAAACACAAUACUAAGACUAUAUAGGAUGAAAGUGAGCUCAUUUGGCAGCGCCUAGGACAAACGGUUCUCAAAGUCGUCAAGCAAGUAGCUAGAAGAUAGUGAGAUGGAUGACUUUUUACUCUUUGUGUAACGAUGAUCUCUUAGUCCGUAUGGCUGGAUAACACACGACAGUGUGUGAGACAGUGAAGUUUUACAAGACAUGUAUUGCAUUUUUAGAGACUGCCUUAUUUUUUUUUAUAUUUCCAUUCAAAUCUUUGCCGACAAAUGUUUUUUUUUAUUUUUAAUAAGCGCGUAUUUAAAUAAAUUAAAAAUGGGUUCAUAGCACUGAAUUAAUUUAAAUCCAUGUACGCUACAGAAAUAUGCAUCCAUCUCAAUCAUGUUCUCACCCUUUAUGAACUAAUCUCAAAGAAAACGACGACAUAGCUUUAUG